AUGCGUAGCGCUGCUAAUAAUCUUGGCGGUACUAAGGCAUGUCAUUUACGAGAGUUGUUUACAAUUGGCUUCAGUGGCUCACGUCAAACUGGGAAAACUCGCUGGUUAAUUGAGUAUGCUAUACGUAACCCUAACGUUCUAGUUGUGGUAUUUAAUUUAUAUUUCAAACGUGCUUUGCUACAGUAG